GGGCGAUGGAAAUACAUCGUUUUUGCGUGCUGCCAGAGCUGGAAACUUGGAAAGAGUACUCGAACACUUAAAAAAUAAUAUUGACAUAAACACUAGCAAUGCAAAUGGCUUGAAUGCAUUGCAUUUGGCUUCCAAAGAUGGUCACAUACAUGUUGUAUCAGAACUUUUGCGUCGUGGUGCAAUUGUUGACAGUGCCACAAAAAAAGGUAACACAGCAUUGCAUAUUGCAUCGCUCGCUGGACAGGAGGAGGUGGUGAAACUAUUAUUAGAACACCAUGCAUCAGUAAAUGUUCAAUCACAAAAUGGAUUUACGCCACUAUACAUGGCCGCUCAAGAGAAUCACGAUUCAGUAGUUAAAUUGCUUUUAUCCAAUGGUGCUAAUCAAAGUUUAGCAACAGAGGAUGGCUUUACACCAUUGGCUGUAGCAAUGCAGCAAGGACAUGAUAAAGUCGUUGCUGUAUUAUUAGAGAGUGAUACACGUGGUAAAGUACGUCUGCCAGCUCUGCACAUAGCAGCAAAAAAGGAUGAUGUAAAAGCUGCGACUCUAUUAUUAGAUAAUGAUCACAAUCCCGACGUUACUUCCAAAUCUGGCUUUACACCAUUGCAUAUUGCCUCACAUUAUGGCAAUCAAAAUAUAGCUAAUUUAUUAAUACAAAAAGGUGCAGAUGUUAAUUAUUCGGCUAAACAUAAUAUCAGUCCAUUGCAUGUCGCUGCGAAAUGGGGCAAGACUAACAUGGUUUCACUUUUAUUGGAAAAGGGUGCGAACAUAGAGGCAAAAACUCGUGAUGGUUUGACACCACUGCAUUGUGCUGCACGUUCUGGACACGAACAAGUUGUUGAUAUGCUACUCGAACGUGGUGCGCCAAUAAGUGCUAAAACUAAGAACGGUUUGGCACCAUUGCACAUGGCAGCACAAGGCGAGCAUGUAGAUGCCGCACGUAUUUUACUCUAUCAUCGUGCUCCUGUCGAUGAAGUGACUGUGGAUUAUUUAACAGCAUUGCACGUUGCUGCACAUUGUGGUCAUGUGCGCGUCGCUAAAUUACUUUUAGAUCGAAAUGCUGAUGCAAAUGCACGUGCUUUAAAUGGGUUUACACCAUUGCAUAUUGCCUGUAAGAAGAAUCGCAUUAAAGUUGUUGAAUUGUUAUUGCGACACGGUGCUAGUAUAAGUGCAACUACUGAAAGUGGUUUAACGCCUUUACACGUUGCAGCAUUUAUGGGCUGCAUGAAUAUUGUCAUAUAUUUACUACAACAUGAUGCUAGUCCUGAUGUACCCACAGUACGUGGUGAAACACCAUUGCAUUUGGCUGCCAGAGCCAAUCAGACUGAUAUUAUACGCAUUUUAUUGCGCAACGGUGCACAGGUUGAUGCACGAGCACGUGAACAGCAAACGCCAUUGCAUAUUGCAUCACGUUUAGGUAAUGUUGACAUUGUUAUGCUUUUGCUACAACAUGGUGCUCAAGUUGAUGCAACUACCAAGGAUAUGUAUACAGCUUUGCAUAUUGCUGCCAAGGAGGGACAGGAUGAGGUUGCUGCUGUGUUGAUUGAGAAUGGUGCAGCAUUAGACGCUGCCACCAAAAAAGGUUUUACACCUCUACAUCUAACAGCGAAAUAUGGUAAUAUUAAAGUUGCACAACUCCUGUUGCAAAAGGAGGCAGAUGUUGAUGCACAAGGCAAAAACGGUGUAACACCACUUCAUGUUGCUUGUCAUUAUAAUAAUCAAAAUGUAGCAUUACUCUUACUCGAAAAAGGUGCUAGUCCACAUGCUACAGCUAAAAAUGGUCAUACACCAUUACAUAUUGCAGCACGUAAGAAUCAAAUGGAUAUUGCAUCAACUUUACUGGAAUAUGGAGCUCAAGCAAAUGCGGAAAGCAAAGCCGGUUUUACACCACUUCACUUAAGUUGCCAGGAGGGUCACACUGAUAUUUCUAAUUUACUUAUCGAACAUAGAGCUGGUGUAAAUCAUCCAGCUAAGAAUGGUUUGACACCAAUGCAUUUAUGUGCUCAAGAGGAUAAUGUAAAUGUUGCUGAAAUUUUGCAACGUAAUGGCGCCAAUAUUGAUAUGGCCACUAAGGCUGGUUACACACCAUUGCAUGUAGCUUCCCAUUUCGGACAAGCAAAUAUGGUACGAUUUCUCUUACAACAUGGUGCCAAUGUCGACGCAUCUACAUCAAUUGGCUAUACACCAUUACAUCAGACUGCACAACAAGGACAUUGUCAUAUUGUCAAUUUGUUAUUAGAACAUAAGGCUAAUGCAAAUGCUCAGACUGUCAAUGGACAAACACCCUUACAUAUAGCACGAAAAUUGGGUUAUAUAAGUGUUUUGGAUUCAUUGAAAUCAAUAACAAAUGAAGAGGAUGCUUCAGCACAAAUGGAUGAAAAAUAUCGUGUUGUCGCUCCUGAGGCUAUGCAUGAGUCUUUUAUGUCAGAUUCAGAAGAAGAAGGAGGUGACACAAACGUUUGGGAUCCAUGUUAUGGCAUUAAAGGUGACCGCCAGAAUAAAGCUGAUACCCACAUUUAUCUUCCGUAUUACCAGGGCGAAAAACUAUUUAUGUCUAGUAAGUCUCAAAAUUUGGGUUUUUCUGUUUGA